GUCAUUGAUUGCAAAUAACAGAAUGACUGGUAAUACACAUGGACAAGCAUAGUGCAAAGCUCUGUUAAGCAUGCACGAGGAGACAUAUUCGUAAGAACGAAAAUUAGUAAUAGUGUCAUGUAAUCAAUAUAUGAAAGAAUGAUGUCGGCUUCGGAUGUGAGAACUCUUUUCAGAAGAUUUGCAGAGUAUACUACUUUUCAUGGUGUAAACCGGAUUAUAUCUAGCAAGCUUAUGAUAGGGAGACUUGUAUGGUUGUGUAUUGUAAUGACUAGUUUUUGUAUGUGUAUCAGACAAAUUUAUAUACUUAGCGUUCAAUUUUCAAGUUACAAGAUAAAUAGAAAGGUAUCAACUCUCAAUGCAGAUCCUUAUUUUCCAUCCAUAUCAUUUUGCGACUUGAAUCCACUGAGCCAUAGAAAGAUAGAAGAAUACAAAGAUGAUGUCGAAUUAGCGACCCAUUUAAUAAAAAUAAUAAAAAGAAACCAAGCUGCAGUUGAGGGAUUAAAAAAUGGAACUGUUGAUAUACGUAAUACAUUAUUUAAUAAAGAUGACCUGCACAGUGAAGAAAUUGAACAACAGUUUCGGAGAGAAAUGAAUUAUUUUGAUAUCAACAUCACGAAGAAAGCCGUGCGGAAGCUAUCUCCGGACUUUAAGGAGUUCGUUUUAAGUUGCAAAUAUGAGGGUGAAUUGUGUAAUGAAAGCUCUUUUAUGCCAUUUUUCGAUCCGUACUAUGGUCAAUGCUAUAGGUUUCCUAGAAAACCAUUAGAAUCAAAGCACGUUGGACAGUUAUUUGCAUUCCAGCUAUUUCUGAAUGUGAACCAGAGUGAUUAUAUACCAUACGUCGCUGAUGACCCGGGUGUCGUUCUGUCGAUACAUGAAAAUGGAUACAGACCAUAUCUACAAAGCAAUGGAUUCUCAGUAUCACCAGGAUUUAAAACAGAUAUUUCAUUGUUUCAAAAGAGAAUGUUGAGGAAAAGGGAGGUAUUUGGUAAUACAGAUUUAUGUGAUGACAGCGGUGAAUUUACCAACAUUCAGGCAUGCUUUGAACUAUGCAUAGAAAAGAUUAUAGAAAAGAAUUGCAAUUGUUCGCCUACUUUAUCAGAUGUUAGUUUAGGACUGUGGAUUUGUGAUGACGCUGAAGAGCUUGAAUGUAUGGCACAAGCUGAAAAAAGUAGCGACAACUGCAGUUGCAAAGAGCCUUGCAACGAAAUAAAAUAUGAGACAUUCCGGUCAAUGACAACAUGGCCAGGAAGAAGUUAUGUAGGAGUUUUGGAUGCAAUCCUGAAACAAAGAGGUGUAGCAUACCAGGAUUUGAGGGAAAGCUUAUUGUUUGUCAACAUUUACUUUUCCUCCCUACAAGAAGAGGUUACCGAAGAGGAACUUGCAUAUACGAUUGAAAACUUUUGGUCUGAUAUUGGAGGAUCCCUAGGACUGUGGGUUGGCAUGUCUGUCAUCAGCCUUGGUGAAAUUCUAGAACUUGGGAUUCUAAUCCUGCGAUUUAUAAGAAAGCGAAGCGUCCGGUUGCUUUCUACUGAACAAAAAAGAGGGGAAGCUGAAGACAAAUUAAACGAUGGUUUAAAUCAAAUAAUCAAAGGUUUUAACGGAAUGAAUGAGGAGAAACAAGAAGGAAGAACUGAAUUUAACGAUGGCUUAAAUAAAAUCCUUAAAAGCAUUAACAUGCUAACUGCCGAGCAACAAAAGCGAGACAAUGAUGAGAAUGCUAAUUACAGCGAGAUAUCGAUCGUUGAAAAUGCACUACCAAAACAGUAUAAUGUAUUUCCAGAUCAUGUUUUGUAAUUGAAGUGUA